AUGGAGUUACACCUCAUCCAAUCUAGAGAGCAUCUUGCAUCUUCGCUGAAUAGAGAUGCUCAACAGAAUGCUAUGACUCAUUUUUCCGUAAUGCAGCGAUCCUUCAUUCGUGAUUACCUCAAACUAACUGCUGCAAUUGAACAGGACUUUAAAGGACAGGUCGAACUGCUUCCUGUGAAAGAGGACAAUUUUACUUCCUUCGCUUUUAUCAUCCGACCUAAGAAAGGCUUUUACGCUCAUGCAGCAUUUCGGUUUGUGGUAACUACAACUGAGGGCUAUCCCAAUGAAGCUCCUGAUGUUAGUUGCAUCAAUCCACCCUGGCAUCCGAAUAUUCAUCCUCGUUUAAUUGAGUCUAACAUCUGCCUAAACAUUCUGUCCUACUGGAGUAGGGGAAACGAUUUGAAAUCCCUAAUCUCGGCUUUAGUGUUUUUGUUCUACGAGCCGAAUUUUGAUGAUCCUAUCCAUCACCACGGAGAUUACAAGGACCUCGGGAAGAGAGAACAACUUAUUCGUUUGUCAUUGGUCGGUGGCACUAUUGACGACAUAGUUUUCAAACCCAAUAACGAGUGGUGUCUAUGGGCCGAAGACAACUUACUGCCAUCAACUGCUCCGACGGAGGCAUCUCCAUCAUUUGUUCCAUCGGUUGCAGAGGUGUGUAUCGGUACGCGGGAAGUUUCUGCCCCAGUUAGCCACUAUAACUCUUCAACUUUGUUAUCGAUGUGCUACUUGCCUGCCCCUCACAUCGGCCGUAAGAAUGCUUCCGGGGCAGUCGAUCGCAUAGAGGAAGAACGGGACGAGACUACUCUAGUUAAUUCAGGUCUUUCAAAGUUGACUGGAGAAGCGCAAUCUCAGCUCCCUUCGGCAGACGCACCAACGGAGUUGCAGCGAGAGGUCUCGUCACUAAGUGCUUACUACCAAUCGAAUGCACCCAUCGAAUUUGAUCAGUUCAGUAGGAUAGACCCAGAAUUUCUUGAUCUAUUUACGGAGGCCAACUGCCUGCCGUUUUAUACUGAAAACGCUUUCCUGUGUCAUAUUUCUCUUCAACCAAAAAACUCGUCACUGGCCAUCUGUGAACAUACCUUCUGUGGUUGUCCCACGCGAUAUUAUUACGCUGAGAUGUGCUCACAUGGCUAUUCAAUGUACCUCGCAUCUUGGUUGGAUGAUAGCCAUGGGCCAGCGCUUUCACUCCAUAUUCUGCACACCGAAACACCACUACAGAAAGCAGAAAUAGGGAUUUGGAACCCUUUAUCCAGAGAAGAUGGUGAGCUUCUUGAAAGGUUAAGACAGUUAUUUUACGGCUAUAAGAAAGUCGUUGAGCAAAACAAUGGCCUGGUGUCUGAUGAACAGAUAAGUGAGUCAAGAAGCGUGAAUUUAUCGGAGGAGAAUAACGAAGAAUUGGAAACUAAGUGUGUUAUCGAAAGCGAGUCCAGCGUUUGUGGUGCGGGGGAUACUCGAAGAAAUAAUGAGGUUCAAACGCAAGUACCUGUGCACUCAGUCGAUUCAGGAAUCACUAAUCAACUUGUCUCCGAAGCUGAAAAUGUGACUGGGUUAGUGGUGUUCCCUAAUGUUGCUGAACAAAUUGAAUCAACGUUAGCAGCCAAACCGGAUGAAGAUGACUCCAAUCCAUCAAGCCCUCAGGUCACGGAAGUUGAGGACUUUGUUGAAGAACCUCUCGAGGUUCAGACAGCACCCGUCCCUGGUUCUGAUGGUUCACAGCUUGAAGAUUACUCGCACUCUCCGGAUGCAGAUCAGAAUACGUACGAUCUGAAUAAUACAGAUCACGAGUUGCGCACGAUGUUGUAUGCGACUCAGUAUGAAUCGAACAGACUCAUCAACCGCCGCAAGGGUCUUAAACUCCUUUUUUCGUUGCUGAGGCCUUUUUGGUGGAUAUUUUACCAAACACGCUGGCCACCAUUUUUGGCUCCGGGUUAUCUGUUUACAGUCAACGAUGAUUUUAUCAGGUAUUUUGGAAGCUAUUUCUACCCAGCAUCCGCAUGUCAGCUUGCUUUUGAGUUGUACAACCACAGACCGCGUGCAGAAGAACCUGUUCCGCUCAUCCUCAUUGACUCGCUGUACGCCUGCGAUAUACGAGAAUAUACGAUAUUCAUUUGUCCAUAUUCGGACUUCUAUACUACGCGUACAUUCGGUAGUUACGAUACCUACCACUAUUCUAAUUAUCACAUUUGGCGUCGCGGUCCGGAAUUUUUUUCUCUUUUCAUCACAAUGUUAUCUGAAUUGGAAUCGCUCAGUGUACAUUCAACUGCACGGGAGGUGGAGGAUUAUUUGGAACGCUUCAGCAUUUGGUGUCUUACCAAAUCGGAUCUGGGUGAUGAAAAGAAGACAGCUUGUUUGCUGCACUACAUUGGGAAGGAUGCUUAUGCUCUUGUAAAGAAUUCAUCAUUCCCUACGGCGCCGAUCGAUUGCACAUUCGAUGUUCUAAAGAAGUUAAUUCUCAGUCAUUUUAAGCCUAUCAAUUUUGUGGCCGCAGAACGAGCGAAAUUCAAUUCGCUUAUUCGAUCCGAAUCUCAGAGUAUUCGUGAUUUUGUCCUCCAACUGCAAACACAGGCUGCAAAAUGUGACUACGGCCAACAACUUGAAAGCCAACUGAGUGAUCGCCUCAUUGCCGGAAUUAAUCUUCCAGAUCUACAACAAAAGCUCCUAGUACAGACUGAUCAACGCUUCAUAUCGAUCAGAAAAAUUUGCGAGCAAUACCAGGAUGUUAAAGAAGUAACCAAAUGCAACGAGACCGUUUUAUUUAAUGCACUAAAGUCGAAAGGGCUGGAAGGUCGCCCACACGUCAAAGUUUCCAGUGGUAACUUUGUUGAUUGUAAUUUUCUUGUAUCGAAUUCUGGUCCUUCAAUAAUUGGUCUCAAAGUUUUACGUGCGCUUAACGUUAACAUUUCACUACUUACUUCAAAUUUCAACGAAACCGAAUUGAAACAACUGAUCACGAGCUGCUCCAAAGUCACCGGAGGAAUGCGCAUACCAAAAGUGAAACUCGAGGUUUCUGGUGAUCCGAUUUUCCUCAAACGACGUAUAGUACCUUUUGGUUUGCGUGAACCAGUGCGUCUAGCUCUAGAUUCAUUGUGCCAAAAAGGUAUUCUGACACCUGUCGAGUCUUCCAAAUGGGCUACGCCGAUUGUUACGCCAUUAAAGUCUGAUGGUAAAACUGUUAGAAUUUGUGGCGAUUAUCGAUUGACACUCAACAAAAGCCUACUUCAACGCUCGUGUGCUACAGAAGAACCUGAAGAUGUGUUGUAUCGUCUAGCGGGAUCAAAAAUCUUUUCAAAAAUAGACUUGAAGGAUGCAUACUUGCAGAUACCACUUGAUGAUGCUACUAGUGAAUGCACAGUCAUCAAUACACCAUUUGGAUUAUAUCGGUAUAAUUUCUUGCCAUUCGGACUUAAUGUCUCUCCUGCUGUAUUUCAAGAUGUGAUUAAUUCAAUUACUGACGGUCUUGAAGGUGUUGUAACUUAUCAAGAUGACGUGAUAGUUCAUGCUGUCGAUAAGGUUACGCACGAUUCACGCUUGCUUGCAUUAUUCAAAAGAUUUCAUGACUUAAAUGUUGCCGUUAAUUCUUCGAAAUGUGCAUUUUCUGUUUACAAACUAUCAUGUUUAGGCUACACUGUUGAUGGAAAUGGUUUUUCUCCUGAUAAUGAACGUUUAUCGCCUUUAGUCAAUGCUCCAUCCCCUUCUAAUCUGUCCGAACUUCGUUCCAUACUUGGUGCAUUGCAAUAUUAUUCCCGAUUCAUACCUAACUUUUCUCAGAAAGCUUAUUGUCUAUUUGAACUGUUAUCUCUGAAAACAUUUUCAUGGAUAUCUGAGCAUGAGAAAACUUUGCGUUCUUUACUCAAUUAUCUUAAAUCUGACGCUAUUUUGAAACCAUUUUCUGCGAAAGAUCAUUCAACCGUUAUAACUGAUGCGUCUCCAACUGGAUUAGGUGUUAUUCUCGAACAAAAUGGCCGUCCUGUCAUUUGUGCAUCCCGUCGACUAACACAAGCCGAACAGGGCUAUUCUCAAACACAGCGUGAAGCUCUUGCUGUCUACUGGGGUGUAAGUAGACUACACAAGUAUCUUUUUGGUAAACCAUUCACGAUUGUGACCGAUCAUGAAGCCUUGAAAUUCAUAUACCAUCCUAUGAAAUCAUUGGCUAAGUCAUCCGCAGCCAUGGUUCAACGUUGGAGCAUCGCUCUCAGUUCGUAUACAUAUGACAUUAUUCAUCGUGGUGCUAAAUCCAUUCAGCACGUCGAUUAUCUAUCCAGAGUUCCAGAAAGUUUAUCACAAUCUAAUGUUUCUGAUUGUUUGUUAGUACAACCGCUUCCGAUUAAACGAGACGAGCUUGUGCGUGAUACCCGAAAAUACUUUUCAUCCGUUAUCUCUGCAUUAAGACGAGGAUGGACGCACCAAGAACGUCGUCGAUUUCCCGCAUUUUAUGCUCGUCGAGACAGUUUAGCAUUGACACCUGAUGGAUUGUUGUGUUAUAACGAUCGUGUCGUGAUUCCACCAACACACAGAAGUGCCAUUUUAUCCGAUUUGCAUUCCGGACAUCUAGGCAUCGACAAAAUGAAGUCUCUUGCCAGACUUACUUGUUGGUGGCCAGAGUUGGAUGCAGACAUUGCGCGUACGGCUAAGGAUUGUAUGAACUGUACACACAAAAUUCAUUCCAAAUCAUCCAAAUGGAUUCCUUGGCCAUUGUCCUGUGAAACAUGGCAACGCAUUCAUGCAGAUUAUUGCGGUCCAUUUUUGAACAAAUAUUAUGCACUGGUGGUUGUAGAUUCCUAUUCACGCUGGACGGAAGUAUUUCUCACGACAUCCCCGAGUUCUGAGUUUACUCAGUAUGCUUUGAGGAAACUAUUUAGUCGUGAAGGUGUACCAAUUGUUUUGGUCACUGAUAACGGCUCACACUUCACAGCGAAAUCUCUCGAAUAUUGGUUAAAAGGACUUGGUUGUCGUCAUUUAUUUACUGCUCCCCGUCAUCCACAGUCUAAUGGACUCGCUGAAAAUUUUGUUCGAACUUUGAAAUCUGCCAUCAAUUCUAUUUCCCCUGUUACUUUCCAUGAUCUUGAUCGAGGUAUUGAUAAUUUCUUGAUGCAGUACAGGAAUGCUGCUCAUUCAAUUACUGGUAAGAGUCCGGCAGAGCUAUUCAAGUCGAGAUCCUUACGCACGAACCUGGAAUGCAUUGGGACUGCCGACGUAACAUUUUUCAAGGGUAACGAUCUACGUCCAUCUACUGGUGUUGUUAUUGGGAGGAACGGGAAUCGUAUGGUCACGGUUCUUGACCUCGAAGAUCUCUCAAGUCACAGACGGCAUGUUGAUCAGGUCGAAUUCAAUGCUAGAGGAAUGCGCAUCUUCCUUGAACAAGUCACACUGAGACCAGCUCCGGUGGAAGAACUAUAUAGGACCAUUGUCCAGAAAGUCCACGAGGCUGACGCGACAUUCGUCCCAAGAAGACCGGCACGCAGUCGGAUGAACCGCAAGCUGCCAAAAAGGAUUCGGCGACUUCUGGAAAAAAGAUCCCAACUCUUUUUCAAAAAGUUGACCACAGGGGACACAGAAGAUGAGCUGGCAUUUCGUAAAAUGCGGAAUCGCUCUCAACACGGAUUUCUCCCAAACCGUUCUUGCGUGACAAACAUGGUCGUGUUUAUGAACAGCUUAACCCAAGCCAAGGACGAAGGACUCAUAUUGGAUGCCAUAUUUUUCGACUCCUCAAAAGCAUUCGAUAGGGUCCCACACGUCUCGCUGCUCCACAAACUCGAGUCUUACAGGAUUCAAGGGAAAAUCCUUCGCUGGAUCAAGGCGUUCCUAUCAGCCAGAUCAUUCAGAGUGAAAGUAGACUCGACCUACUGUUCUCCAUCUCUGGUCUCCAUUGGAGUUCCUCAAGGCUCCUUCAUGGGACCAGUGCCGUUUCCGAUCUACGUCAACGGCCUCCCAGAUGUUCCUGCAAGUCCACGUCUACUUUUUGCGGACGAAUUGAAAUCCUGGAGUUCCAACUUCAGUGCCCUCCAAAUGGAUCAACAAGAACAAGAGUCAGCUCCGGGUAACUCGGCGGGUGAGGUUGUCUCCAAAAUCUUACGGCCACAUCGAUGGUCAUGUUCAGCCUCUCUGGACACAUUUUCUGCGCUUGGCGGAUAUGAUGAAGUGGUGACCAUACCGUGUUGUGGUUGGUGGAAUGCUUUCAUGACCACCACAUUUUCCGAUACAGACGGAUUCAUUUUGCAUCGCAUCACCGGCAUCCCCAGGGAGAAUAGCCUAAAAUCCAUGGCAUCCGCCUUGGUGUUUCUCUUCUAUGAGCCGAAUUUCGAAGAUCCUGUCCAUUUUAUUGGGGCGUGUAUUUUGCCCGAGGAAAGAGGCAAAUUUGUUCGGCUCUCCUUGGCCGGCGGUAGUAUCGAUAGCAUUUACUUUCAAACUAACGAAGAGUGGUGUCAUUGGGCGGCAGAAAACUCACUGCUUCCAGCUGAUCCUAUGGAAUUAUCCUCUUCUACUGUCCCCCCGGCUACAAAGAAUGCCACUGCUGUGAUUGAACUGACAGGCCCUUCGCUCUCUAGGUUCCAGCUGCGCACCUCUGGUGAUGCAAAGGCUGCUGCAGCUGGAUAUGGUGGGGUGUAUAUCGUAUUGAGUGACCGAGCGGAAGUGUCUCUACUCGACUGGAUACCCGUUAACAAUCGCCCCGGCGCGACCGAGGAAUUGGAAGAAGAAGAAAAUGCGGGAAUCGUCCGCAGGCUGUUCCAUUUGACUUGUUGGACUGGUUCUUUGAGGCCUGUUGUCAGCGAAACUUUCAGGGACCAGAAUGGCUCUUUGAUAUCCAGCAAGGUAGAACGCUUGAAUCGGUGGGCACAAUAUUUUGGGCAACAUUUCACGUGGCCACCUAAUACCUCUAAGCCGGACUACCGUCCAACAACAGAAAGAAUAACUAUGAACAUCGAACCCCACUCAGCAUCAGAAAAGUUCGAGUGCAUAUCCCCACUCAACCGUCAUCGUGCUCCUGGCCCUGACGACCUCCCAUCUGCUCUUUUCAAGGAUGGCGAUAAACUAUUCGCCUGUCAGAAGAAUGUUUUCCUUUCUUGCUUCUCACAGUUGGAUGAAGGAACUCAACUGGGUCUCUUUUCCGUGAACGCACCAACAGAAUUGCAGCACCAAGUGUCAUCUCUAAGUACGUACUACCAAACAAACGCACCUAUAGAGGACGAUCACUUUGAUCUGUUUGACCUGGACUUCACCGAUGUUUUUACGGAUGUCAACUAUUCGCCACUAGAAAAGGAGAAUGCUUUUCUGCACCAUAUCACUGUUCAAAAACAGGAAACUUCACCACAUUCUAUCCAUGAGCGUGCAUUGUGGCAUGACUUCGUUCGAUAUUACUAUGCUGAAGUGUGUUCCUCUGAGUAUCACAUAUACCUCUCUUCCUGGCUACAUGAAUGCUUUGGACCAACAGUUGCACAACAACUGUUCCGCCUUCCGAAGCCGCUACAGAAAACAGAACUUGGUAUUUGGUAUCCAUUCCAUAAAGAGGGUGAAGUUCUUGCGGCGUUGAGACGUUUGCCUAGAGACCACACAGAAGACGGUGGGGAUACCUCUAGUUUGAUGGCACCAGAGAUGACGAAUGGUGAGGAAAACGCGAAUUCACAUGAGGAACACGACGAUCGACUACACGCCCAGAAUAAUACCGGGAACGGGCUCAUCGUUGGUGGUGUGAAUGGUGGACUAGAAAAUGGCCUGAUCCACAUGGUAGUAACUCCGACAGCAGUCGGUUCAGGAGUAUACAACAACAAUGCUGUUGAUAUGAAUGAUUUACAAGCUUUUUCUGAUGUCACCGUGUCUAAGUCAGCCGAACAUCCGCCGACGGUGUUGAUGGUGAAACCGGAAAAAUAUGAUGAUCCUGCUGCUAGCCUGUCGGGAAUUCGGGUCUCUGAAUUGGACGAGUCUGUUGUGACAUCUUCCGAGUCCAAGGCUACACCUGUUGGUGACUCUGGCGAUUCACAAACGGAGGAGACAAUCUCGCAAAGUAUAGGUGGCGACACGAAUGGCACACGUGAUGAUUUUGUUGCGGUUUUCGAAGUGGGCCAGUAUGAAGGCGCAAUACUCCUCAAACGCCGUGGGGCUCUGAGGUUGUUACUUUCGUUGCUGAGGCCUUUUUGGUGGAUCUUCUACCAAACACGCUGGCCGCCUUUUCUGGCUCCGGGCUUUGUGUGCAUUGUGGGUGACGAGUUAAUCAAAUGUUUCGGAAACUAUUUCUAUCCAGCGUCUGCAUUUCAACUGAUGCUUGAGUUGUACAAUCACAGAAUGCGUGAAAGAGAACGUACUUCACUCAUCCUUGUUGAUCCUCUAGCCUUAUCGCCGUUCUCUCCGGUUCUCAAUCGGGUCGUUCUACUUCCUUCAGAUGGGAUAACAAGAGAUGAUGCCUUCGGCGAGAAAUUUGCGUGCUCGAGUAUCGAAUGGAUCGCACCUGCUCAGUCUUUUUCAAACUGUUUCCAUCGUCCGACCGAAGAACAGUUUCCCGGCUUUACGAUUUUAUCUGUCCUCUCGCUCGUAUCCAAUUGGUUGGCUUAUUUAUCUCGAAUAGAACUUCGGGGUAUUGUGGUAGGCUAUUCCCAGUAUCGGGACACUUACACCGUCCGACCCAUGGGACUAGCUUGUAUGUACCCAGCAACAUUGGGUUGUGGGCAGUUGCCUCUUUUGGAUGCGUGGCCUUUGCAAUUGUUGGUUCAUUCAACUCGAACAUGUUGCUCAACACUUGUCUAUUUAUCCUCCCGUCUUUCACCCCGCUCGAACUUCCCGAAUCCUCGCCUUUUGUUUUCUUUUACUGAUGUUGAUAACCUUUAAAUAUCAAAAACACUUCGUAUAGCCCUUUGGAACCACAGAACUAUUUUUCGAAAGACAUGAUAUACUUUUUUAUUCCUUGACGGUAAAAUAAACAUUUG